AUGUCGAGGCAAUUCUCGAUCGCCGCCCCCAAUUUCUUGCACCGCCAUUACAGGACCUUCAUCCAGUUCUUCUUCCUCGUCCUCCUCGAAGUUUCUGCAACUUCUCAAAUUAGGGCAGCAGCUAAUACGGAAGUUCUUGUUUUACUGUCGUGGCUUCAUUCUUCUUCGUCUUCUUCCUUAGCUCAAUCUUCUUCUGCUUUUGCUAAUUGGAAUCCACAGAGCUCGAAUCCCUGUCAAUGGUCAUUCAUUUCGUGUUCUUCAAGCAAUCGAGUUACAGAAAUUAAUGUCCAAUCCGUACCUCUCGAGCUUCCCUUUCCUUCCAAUCUUUCGUCCCUGCAAUUCCUCGAAAGCCUCACCAUCUCCGGCGCGAAUCUCACCGGAACUCUCCCGGACGACAUCGGAGAAUGGCGGUCACUCAAAAAAAUCGACGUCAGUUCCAACAGUCUCGUCGGAAGUAUUCCGGCGAGCUUCGGCCGGCUCCGGAGCCUGGAGGAGUUGAUUCUCAACUCCAAUCAGCUCACCGGAAAAAUCCCCGGCGAGCUCGGCGGCUGCGCUCGCCUGAGAAGUUUGGUCCUAUUUGACAACCGCCUGAGCGGAAACAUCCCGCCGGAAAUCGGAAACCUGUCGGCGUUGGAAGAAUUCCGCGCCGGCGGGAAUCAGGACAUCGCCGGACAAAUUCCCGGCGAACUUUCCGGCUGCCGGAACUUGCAGGUUUUAGGCCUGGCUGAAACCAAAAUUUCGGGGCGAAUACCGCCGUCGUUGGGGAUGCUGAAAAAGCUUCAAGUCUUGUCCCUUUACACCGCAAUGCUCUCCGGAGAAAUCCCGCCGGAGAUCGGAAACUGUACGGAACUCGUCGGCCUGCACCUGUACGAAAACUCACUUUCCGGCGGGAUUCCGCCGCAGCUCGGGAAGCUUCUGAAGCUCGAGCAGCUCCUCCUAUGGCAGAACAACUUGGUCGGCUCCGUCCCCGACGAGAUCGGAAACUGCAAAAAUUUAAUCACUCUCGACGUUUCAUUAAAUUCCCUCACCGGAGGCAUUCCCGAAUCUUUCAGCAACCUGACGAAGCUCGAAGAGCUUAUGCUCAGCAGUAACAACGUCUCCGGUACAAUCCCUGCAGUUCUCUCCAAUGCCACUAGCCUGGUGCAGUUCCAGGUCGACCGGAACCAAAUCUCCGGCGGAAUUCCGGCGGAACUCCGAUCGUUAAUUCAGCUCCAGGUUUUCUUCGCCUGGGACAACAAGCUUGAAGGAAGCAUUCCGCCGGAGCUUUCAGGCUGGAGAAGUCUCCAGGCCCUGGAUUUGUCCCGAAACUCUCUCACCGGCAGCAUUCCGGCGAGCCUAUUUUACCUGAAAAAUCUGACAAAGCUUCUGCUAAUCUCGAACGAUUUGUCGGGCCCUGUCCCGCCGGAAAUUGGCCGAUGCAAAUCCCUCGUUCGAUUGAGGUUGUCUGGGAAUAAAAUCAGCGGUCCGAUUCCAGGAGAAAUCGGGCUUCUUUCAAACCUGAAUUUCCUCGAUUUGUCGAACAAUCGCCUCACUGGAAUCCUGCCGGAUGAAAUCGGAAACUGUGGGGAGUUACAGAUGUUGAAUCUCGCCGGGAAUUCCCUGACGGGGAACCUUCCGGGUUCCCUGUCGAACCUCGCUAAAUUAGAAGUGUUAGAUGUUUCUAGGAACCGGUUUAUCGGCGCGGUUCCGGGGAGUUUCGGGGAGCUGUUUUCGCUCGAUACGCUAUCGGUAGCGAGCAAUUAUUUGUCAGGGGAGAUUCCGUCGACGCUCAGCCGGUGUUCGCGGCUGCAGCUGCUCGAUUUAAGCCGGAAUCAGCUGUUUGGAAGCAUUCCGGCUGAAAUAUUCGAAAUUCAGGCGCUCGAAAUCGCGCUAAAUUUGAGCUGGAAUUCGCUGACAGGGAAGAUCCCGCCGGAGAUCGUCGGGUUGAGCAAGCUCUCAGUUUUGGAUCUUUCGCACAAUAAGCUCGGAGGCGACCUCUCGUCGCUUUCCGGGAUGGUGAAUCUCGUGUCGUUGAAUGUUUCGUACAAUAACUUCACGGGUUAUCUCCCGGACAAUAAGCUUUUCCGGCAGUUGUCGCCGGGUGACCUCGCCGGAAACCGGGGGCUGUGCGGUUUGGGACACGGUCGUGACGGCGAGCCCUGUUAUUCGAUCGAUACGCACGGUAGCCGUGGUAGGCAGUCGUGGAGGCUCAAAUUGGCGAUUACGUUGCUCGCCGUGAUGACGAUCGUGCUCGGGAUUCUCGGCGUUGCGGCGGUCAUAAGGGUUCGGAGAAUGAGUCGAGAAAAUGCGGAUUCAGAGUCGGGAGGGCACGACUCGUGUUCGUGGAAGCUUAUGCCGUUUCAGAAGCUGAACUUUUCCGUCGAACAGAUUGUGAGGUGUCUUGUGGACGAUAAUGCGAUUGGGAAAGGGUGCUCGGGCACUGUUUAUCGAGCGGAGCUCGGAAACGGCAAUGUCAUUGCCGUGAAACGGCUAUGGCCGACGACGGCGGCGGCGCAACCCGAUCAGUUACCCGGUAGCGGUGUCCGGGAUUCAUUUUCGACUGAGGUUCGGACACUCGGGUCGAUUCGUCACAAGAAUAUCGUCAAGUUCUUGGGGUGCUGUUGGAAUCGGAACACCCGGUUGCUCAUGUACGACUACAUGCCGAACGGAAGCCUCGGCAGCCUCCUCCAUGAGAAGAACAGCAGGGGCUGCGACCUCGAAUGGGACGUGAGAUAUCGAGUCAUUCUCGGCGCGGCGCAAGGGCUCGCGUACUUGCACCACGAUUGCGUUCCUCCGAUCAUCCAUCGGGACAUCAAGGCCAACAACAUCCUAAUCGGGCCCAAUUUCGAGGCGUACAUCGCAGAUUUCGGCCUGGCUAAGCUCGUCGACGAUGGCGACAUCGCCCGGUGCUCCAACACAGUUGCUGGGUCAUACGGUUACAUCGCUCCCGAGUACGGGUACUCGAUGAAGAUCACGGAGAAGAGCGACGUAUAUAGCUUCGGAGUUGUGAUGCUCGAACUCCUCACCGGGAAACAUCCCGUCAACCCGACGGUACCGGAAGGUCUCCACAUUGUCGACUGGGUUCGGCACGCGAGAAUGCAUGGGACCCAAGUGUUGGACCCGAGCCUACGCCUCGAACCGGAGCCGGAAAUCCAAGAAAUGAUGCAGACGUUAGGCGUCGCCAUGCUCUGCGUACACCCGUGUCCCGGCGACAGGCCGACCAUGAAGGACACGGUCGCAAUGCUGGUUGAGAUACGGCACGACCGGGAGGAAGUCGACACUGUAACAAAAGCAUCACCACAGCCCAGGAGCCAUAGUAGUUUGGUUUCCGGUUCCGGUAGGGGGUCGUCGUCGGCGAUCCCGGGACUGGGUCUGUACUUGAAGAGUAACGGGUCGAGCUUCUCUGCAUCUUCAUUGCUGAAUUCUGCAUGAUCAGCUCUUAGCUUAUUCAUCAGCUUUUCGAAAAAUUUAUCCAAUUUUUUAAAAAUUUCAACUUUGAUAAAAAGGUACGGAUGUGGCUGUAAUUGUAUUACUGGAAGAAGAGUAAUAAAAUUGACACGAAAUAUUAGAUAAAUAAAUAAUAAAAUU